GAUAAACGGCGGUAGAGUCGGGUACCUCGACAACAGCAACGGCAGCACGAUUACUUGGGCAACGAGUUAAUAAUUUACAUGCCUCGAAUCAUGGCAACGAGCCCUGCCCUAUUAUUAAAUUCACUUUCCCCGCGCCGGUUUAUUUUUAUUUUGGCUUCGAUAUCUACAACGUGCUCAAUCAAUUCGGUGCAAUCACUUGCUAAUCAUUAACUUCUAAGAUUCUAUCGCACGUCGUCUAGAAUCUAUUUGACAAGAAUGGGAGGUAAUUCCUAUGAAUCUUCGCCCCGUCGUGGUAGAAGUCAUCACAGAACCCGAAGAUCUACUUCUGUCUCCGGGGACAGGGACGACUCUGCUUCGCCCUCAAAGCACAAGAAACGAAGCCAUUCUCAUUCCAUCAAGCAGAAUGUUCCCAUACCUCGCAUACACAUCCAGGCUCCUACACCUCCGCUCUCAGCCUCCAGCUCGUCGCAUUAUGAGAUACGCCGCAAUGAGCAAUCUCGUCGUAUACGCCAUUCUCAAGCCCGCGAAACUCUCCGUUCUACCAAUGACGGUGACAAGGACGCUAAGGAUGAUGAUAAAGGGAAAGGAAAGAGCACAAGCAAGGACAGAGAUGGAGACAACAGCAAAGGACGUACUGGUCGUUGCACUCACGUCCAUCAUCAUCAUUAUCACGUUCACAACCAUUACCACAAGUACUAUAUCCACAACGACAAGCAGGUGGGUGAACCUACUCAUGACGUAAAGCAUUCCAUCUAUGGCCAGCCACCCUUCGACCAGUCGGAUCCUCAAGCGGCUAUGAAGUAUCAAGAGGAGCACCAUCGAAAGCACACAGAGCAGCACCGAGACCGAGAACAGCAAAGCAAGCAGGAACAGAAGCAAUCUCAGCCCUCCCAUCAUCGUCGCGAUAGCAAUGGCGUAAACAACCCUGGUCCCUCACAGCAACGCCCCCAUCGUCUCACGCGUUCUCGCUCGACAACCGCGCAACUUCCAGAACCCGAAUAUCCACCUCACCCUCCGUCUGGCUUUGACUUUGACUUUGGUGCUGUCGCCGCCGAGCCCGCCGAAGAGUGGAAAUUCCCCAAAUCAUUCACCUCUUCCGCCAUCUACACAUACCCGCACCACACAAGCAGCAUACAGCAAGACGUGCGAAACACCAUGGACCAAGCCGACGCAUACAGCGCCACCGCCCUCGUGAACGCAGACGAAGAAGCAAGCGCCAUCGUGCAGGCCAACUCCCCCCGCUCCUGGACCUCGAGCCCCAGCUCGGGCCGAAACUCCGUCUCCACGCUGACGAGCAUCUCGCGCGGCGUCGUCUACAACAACAGGCGCGGAGGCCGCCGGGAGUCUUACGAGUCUGGAUCGGACUCGGGAUCUGUGCAGCGCAGGAAGUCGAAGAAAGGGGGUUUCCGUGCGUGGGUCUCGCGACAUCUGCGGGACUGAGGGGGUAUGGUAUGUUCUGGUGCUAUAGGUGCGGGUGCAGAAGGAGAAGGAGAAGCAGAAGAUGACGAUGAUGAAAAAGGAGAAUGGAAGAGACUGUGAAUUCGCGGAGAAGACGUGAAAGAGACGAAGGAAGGAUUGAGA